AACCAAUCAGAUCACAGCAGAGAGAGAAACGCGUCGUCUCUCCCCACUUUCCCCCUUUUGAUUAUCAUUAUCGGAUCACAACAAUCUGGAAAACAGAGAGGUUUCCGGAUUGUUUCGAUUCUCAAAACUUUUUAUUGCUGAAUUCGAUCAAAAGGGUUUCUCUGUUUACGUUAAUCCUUCUCAAAAAUCUCAACUUUCCCGAGAAAGUUUGAGAAUUUUCUUUUUAAUUUCCCGGAGAAACCGUCGCCCAGUGACUACGGGUUGUUGCAAAUCGUGCUGCUUCAGAUUGUUUUUGGAAUUUUGGGUGUUUGGUCUGGUCUGUGUUAUGGAUACGAGUUGUGGAGAGGAUAAGGAAGCCAAUGGGUGUGAGAAUGGUGAUAGUAAGGCUGUUGUUGUUAGUCUAAAGAGGAGUGAGGUGGAAGAUGAGAUAUCUGAGGAGGAGGAAGAGGAAAGUGAGUCGCAGUGUUUGUUGCCUCCGAGGAAAGGAGGGAUGUCGAGAAGUACUGACAAGAUUAGGAGGACUGUCCAGUGGAAUGACAUCAAAGGAGAUAAUCUUGCUGAGGUUUUAGUUUAUGAACCAAGCGAAGUAAGCGAUACAGAUGAUGAUGACUCAGAUUCCUGCAUCUGCACAAUUAUGUAAUCUCCUUCAAAACCCCUCCCACGCAAUCAACCAAACCAUUAACAUGGAGUUUUAACAACGAGCUCGUUGGCUUCUUUUCAGCAAACAGUUUUUUUGUGAGGACAGAAGAAACCAACAUAACCGAGUGGACUUGUUGUGACAAGAAGCCAGUCAUCAAACGAGGGAAUGUAGACUCAGAUAAAAGCUGAUAUACAAAUUACAAAUCGUCACAGGAGUGUGAGAGUAUAUAAAGAUUAUAUAUAGAUUACUUGCUUUUAUUGUUUUCAACAGAAGCUGCUGAUCUUCAAAUCCUUUUUGAGUGCUAUUUGAUUUUUUUAACAGGUUUUGAUAGUA